GUUCGUCCCUCCCAUGUGUGUCAACUCUGUUUUUAACAUGGUUUAAUCACGCCGCAUUGAAGAGAGUCUGUGCUCAGAGCAUCUUUUUGUACUUUGACCAAAAAUGCUUUGUUAAACUCCUCAUAUUCGUUGAGUCUUCAUGAAAAGCGCAGAGUUGUUUAUUGCUUUUUGCUGCUUCAGAGGAUUAACAGUCGCUAAAGGUGGCUAAGCUAGGUAAUGAUAAUAUUGUCAGUGACAAGUUGAACUUGAAGGCGAUCGAGAGGCCCAGUUCUGGACAUAUUUUUGUGAUCUGGAAACAGUUACAGGAAUGCAAGUCAAGGACUGCGUCGUGUCUGCUCCAGGGAAGGCGAUCCUCCACGGAGAGCAUGCAGUUGUGCACGGAAAGGUGGCUCUUGCUGUGAGUUUGAACCUGAGAACAUAUUUACGGUUGAAAGCCACCACUACUGGCAAUGUUUGCAUCAACCUCCCAAAUAUUGACACAUUCUGCUGCUGGGACCUGUCUGAACUGAAGCAGUGUGUUUCUUAUUCCUGUGGUAAGAGGGAGGAGGUGAAACGUCUUGAUGCUGAACUUGUGAGGAGAUUGCAUGAAUUUGUUGGUGUAACCAAUGGAAACGUGGAUACUUGCAACAUGGCCACCAUAGCCUUCCUCUACAUCUACAUCUCACUGUUUGGAUCAGGUGAGCUGCCCAGCUUGACGGUGUCUGUGUGGUCGGAGCUGCCGACUGGAGCAGGACUGGGGUCAAGUGCUGCCUACUCUGUGUGUUUAGCUGCAGCUCUGCUUUGUGUGAGUGGAGCCAUUCCCGCUCCUCUCAAAGAGUGGGAUCACAUUGCCAGGUGGUGUCAGGAGGACCUGGAGCUGAUCAACAGCUGGGCUUUCCAAGGGGAGAUGAUCAUCCAUGGUAAUCCUUCAGGAGUGGACAACGCUGUAGGAACAUGGGGUGGCAUGCUGAGAUUCUUGGCCGGGAAGAUAAUACCACUGAGCAGGGUGCCGUUAUUAAGAAUCCUCCUCACUAACACCAAAGUACCGCGCAGCACCAAGGUACUUGUUGCCAGGGUGAAGGACAAGAUUAACAAGUUUCCCUCUAUCAUGACCCCAGUGCUGGACUCAGUUGAUGCCAUUUCCUGCACUUGUGAGAAAGUCCUAUCAGAGAUGACCAGUGAGCCCAUCACAGGAGAGCACUACAAUAUUCUAGAGGAGCUCAUUGACAUUAACCAGCACCAUCUGAAUGUGAUGGGUGUGGGACACCCUGCCCUGGACACACUGUGCCGGGUCACACUGGCCAAAGGGCUCCACAGCAAGCUAACUGGCGCAGGGGGAGGAGGCUGUGGCAUCACCCUUCUGAGACCAGAAACAGAGUCCUCUGUUGCCCAGGCUACAGUGCAGGACUUGAGAGACUGCGGCUUUGACUGCUGGGAAACGAGUAUUGGCGGGCCGGGUAUCCAGCAGCACUCUACUCUCUCUGUUAAGGAGGAAGUUCUGGAGAUUUUAAACCGUUACUGACAACCACCGGUGACUGUAGCUGAACAAGAGGACAGUCUUUUUGUUGUUGUUCAACUAAUGAAGUGAGCCAAGUGGACUAAGGAAGAUUUCACACCGAGCAGAGCUGGACAGCUUCCUGAAGUGUUAAUUAUAGAUUUUCCUGACUGAAAAACAAUAUAAUCUUUUUAAAACUAACAACGAGGCAACUGUGUCUCUAACAAAUUGCUGAUAUUCAUUUUGAACUGUGAGAAAAUUAAGUGGAUUAAAUUUUUUGGCGAAGCAUCUCAUGGAGUGUUUGCUCGUCAAACAUAUUCAAGGGUACAAUUAUAUGUACUGAGCACUUUGUCCACUAGAUGGCAUCAGAUUUGUACGAAUGCCUUUUAUGAAACAGGAUUCAUGGUAAGAGGCUCUGAUAAAUUGAUUAAUGUGUAAGUGAAGCACUGACAUAAUUAAUUUAUAGUUUCAUCCAAAUGUUUAAAGCGGUAGGGCUAACCUAUCUUAAUGGAUUUGAUGAUCGUCAGUCAUUAAUUGCGCACUCCUGGCAUUGUAACAUGAAAUGUUGGAUAACAGCUAGACUGAAACUGUUCAUUUGUAGAAUUCAUUUGACAGAAAAUGAUAACGGAGGAAAAGUUUGAUAAAUUAAAUUGUUUUUUGUUUUGGUUCUUUAACAAAGCUCAAAGACUAUUCAGUUUUUUUCCCCUUAAUCUUCACAGUUCUACAAAGAGGUUUAUGAAAGUGACUGUGCUUUAAUAUUUCUCUGCAUCGUGAACAGCGUUGGUGAGAAUAUGUCUGAACAAGCUGAGACCAGGAAAUGAUAAUGUCAUUAAUCUACUCUGAGGACCAUUUGCAUAUAAUGUAAAACUUACACUCAUAAAUUCUUAUGAUUAAGACAGAUGAAUGUUUCUUUGAUGCUGCAAUGCCCUUUUAUUGUGCUCUACUUUUAACAUGAAAGUGUUUUAAAUGCAAAAUGCUGAAACCAAA